AUGUCAAGCUAUUCUUCGCUAUCUCGAGUACUUUCGCCGUUCCGGGUACAAACUAAAUUCGAGGAAAAUGCUCUACCUGCUAGGCGUAUUGUUGAAAUGUCGUUUUAUUGUGUCGUUCUAACUUAUCCCCUUCCUGACCCUUUUCCGGUUAACAUUUUCCAAGACAACUUGAUCUCUGAAAAUGAGAUGAUCCCUAAAGCAGAACUCACCUUUGGGCAUCUCAAGCAAAUGAUAGUUAGGGUUAUGGAGAAGAGCCCCACUGUUUACAAGAAUAUUUGCGAGGUGAAGUCGCUAUGGAAAGUUGAAGGGCUUGCCGAAGGUGACAAUAAGUGGACAAUUCUUGAGGAAAUAGCUAAUGACAAAGACGAAACUAGCAUUGAACAAAAAUUAAGAGCUCUCGGAAAUAAGUUGAAAUCAAGAAAGAGAAGAUUGGAAGAGGAUAAGGAAGGUGGAAGUCGAAAGAGAGGAAAAUCCGACUAUCCUUUAGAAUCAAAGGAAGGCCGUGAUAGUCUUAUUUCUAUUUCAGGAAAUAGAUUAGAUGAAAUCAUUAAAUUCGUGGAAAUGAAUCGCGUUGGACUUUUGCGAAGUCCACCAUCAUCAGGAAAAACUACCCUAGGUCAGACGCUUCGAGACUAUUUUUCUAAUUGUGGUGGUUUCUACAUAAGUCUAGCUGGGUUAGGUGGUAGAAAGCAAAUAACCGAGGAACAUUUUGAAAAUUUCUGGAGGAACGAAGUUGGUUGUAGCUGGACAGAAAUCAGUGAUAACACAGGGACCAUUUAUGUUUUCAUAGACGAAAUACAAGUUAUUUAUGGUAACCGUGCUGAUUACUUUUGGGGUAAAGUGAAAAUGCUUAUGUCAAGCGAGAACAAAAACAAAAAUGAUAUUCAUAUACUCCUUUUUGGUACAUACGACCCAAUACUUGUGAAUGAAAUGAAUGAAACACCUACACCUGUGAAAUUUUAUGACGACAAUACUCUUAGCUUGAAAUCCUUACUUUUAGCCGAGGGAGAACUCAAAGAUCUUACAAGAUUUUAUGUUCGGAUGCGCGUUUUGGGUGGUAGCCCAUUGUUUAAGAUUCCCCAGAAAAUUGCAGAUGCGAUCUUUUCUCUUACUGGAGGUCAUGUAGGCUUGUGUCGAUUUAUUUUGGAUUUGCUAUACACUCAUUAUAAGGAUAAAUCAAAUUAUUUUCUAGCUGAAAAAAAUGAUGAAGCUUUGACAAUAGGAAUGUUACGUUAUCUUGCUUCACCAAGUCUAACUAUUAAUGUAAUGAAAGGUUCACGUGCAUUUUAUUGGAUUGAUAAUUGGAAUCCAACCGAAGGAGAAGCCAAAUUUAUUCGAAAUGUAUUACUUAACAAUCAAGCUGGUAGAUCCUUUCCUAUUGACUUUAGUACAGAUAGUGUUGCCAAGAAUUUUGUCAGAAUGGGACUUUUUGUAGCAGAUUCUUGA